AAGAGGGGUGCAGCCUGCAGGAUAAGGAACAGUCACCAGAAAGUUUCCUGGUCAGCUGCAAGCGCUUCCUGUUGUUUCAGGAGAGUUUGCUCUGUGCUGCUCCAGGAGGGAGGCAUCACGCAUGCUUUGGAACAGUGCCUGAAGCAGGUCCACCAUGCCGUUAGUAACGAGGAACAUUGAGCCAAGGCACCUGUGCCGUCAGACGUUGCCUAGCGUUCGAAGCGAGCUGGAAUGCAUGACCAACAUCACCCUGGCAAAUGUCAUUCGACAGCUGGGCAGCCUGAGUAAAUUUGCAGAAGACAUAUUUGGAGAGCUGUUUACUCAAGCCAACACCUUUGCCUCUCGGGUGAGCGUUCUAGUCGAAAGAGUUGACCGCUUGCAAGUCAAAGUCACUCAGCUGGAUCCCAAAGAGGAGGAAGUCUCCCUGCAAGGCAUUAACACCAGGAAGGCCUUCAAAAGCUCCACUACUCAGGACCAGAAGCUCUUCGACAGAGACUCUCUGCCGGUGCCUGUCCUUGAAACCUAUAGGACCUGCAAUACUCCUCCACCUCUCAACAUUCUCUCACCUUACAGGGAUGAUGGCAAAGAGGCACUUAAAUUCUACACAGAUCCUUCAUACUUCUUUGACCUUUGGAAAGAGAAAAUGCUUCAGGACACGAAGGAUAUUAUGAAAGAGAAGCGGAAACACAGGAAAGAGAAAAAGGAGAAUCCAAACCGAGGAAAUGUGAAUCCCCGGAAAAUCAAAACCCGGAAAGAAGAGUGGGAGAAGCUGAAAAUGGGACAAGAAUUUGUUGAGUCAAAGGACAAACACGGUCCUGCUGGGUACCCCUCUAACAUGGUGUAUCAGAACGGCAGCAUCGGUUCGAACGAAAGCAUGGAGGUGAACUGCUACCCGCCGCCGCCGCAGACUGACUCUAUUGUGCCACCACCUCCUUCGUUCCCAGAUGACAGCCUGCCUCCACCCCCGGUGGAAUUUAGCUAUCCUGUAGACAACCAAAGAGGUUCUGGCUCUGGAGGGACCAAACGAUCCAGCCUGGUUAGCCCAAGUCACCCACCACCUGCUCCUCCCAUCGGAUCCCCCUCAGCAGCCAGGCCAGGCUUUGCUCCCCCUCCGGCGCCACCUCCGCCACCGCCGCUGAUGGGCAGCGCUCCCCCUCCACCACCUCCCAUGGGCUUCCCAUCCCCGGGAACCCCACCACCUCCCUCGCCUCCCUCCUUCCCUCCUCACCCCGAGUUUGCUGCCCCACCGCCACCGCCGCCCCCUCCAGCAGUCGAAUAUGCCAGCGUGCUCCCACCUCCGCUGCCGCAGCCAGGCAGUGGGAGCGCGCCGCCGCCUCCUCCACCGCCACCGCCUCCUGGCCCACCACCGCUGUCUUCCAGUGGCCUGGAUGGUCCCCCACCCCCUCCUCCACCCUCAGACACCUCCACUUCCAAGCCCAAGUCAUCCUUGCCUGCUGUUAGCGAUGCCAGGAGCGAUCUACUUUCAGCUAUUCGUCAAGGCUUCCAGCUCCGCAAGGUGGAGGAGCAGCGGGAACAGGAGAAGCGGGACGUUGUGGGCAAUGAUGUGGCAACGAUCCUGUCACGCCGCAUCGCUGUGGAGUACAGCGACUCUGAGGACGACUCUUCGGAGUUUGAUGAGGACGAAUGGUCGGAUUAACUACGGUCCCAUCCCCUUCUUCCCCUUCUCUCUCGGGUUAACGUCUUCUUAAAGAAUCAGGUGGCCAAACCUUCCUUUGACAUCCCGUAACCAAAGAUGUGCCAAGGGUUUUUAGACAACCAGCAGCAUAUCUCCCCUCUCCCUCCCCCUCCGGCUUUGGCAGGACUUUGUGCUCUGCCUUUCCGAAAGGUCUCCUCGUGGAUGCUGAGGAUGCUGUGUUGGGAUUUAGCUGGAGGGGGUGUAACGGUUGCUUAUUUAAGAGAGCUAAACCUCCAGAUUCUCGAUGCCACCAGACAGAGCACACAUAAACCCUCCAUCCUGAGGGAUUUUUAAAGUAAAGAUGGAUGAUCCUGUUGCAGCCGCGUGGCCUUUCAGAUGAAGGACAUUUUCAGCUAGUUUUCUCAUUGCAACAGCAGACAGCUGAUCUGAUGGCUCUUCCUUUCCAGUGAAUACUGGUAGCGCUGCAAGAAAAUGGGCUUUAAAUGUCUGUUCUCUGCUGCAUCCCACAGUCAAAUAAUCAGGUUUUGGCAACAGUGCACAAUUCUUUCCCUUCCGACCCCCUAGUAUUAUUUCCAGACGACCCUAUGUGGGGUGUGCUUCCCAGCUCUAGGGCUGCGGAGCGCGCUGGGUGCAAUGCAAGGAAGGACUCCUCAAAUCUCCUGGACUGCUUUGCCAAGUCUGCCGAAGGAGACUCGCACAAAGGGAUGCAAAGCCAGGGCAGAACGGUUGCUUGGUUUCCUGCUUGAGGGAGAGCAGAGCCGCUGCCCCAUUGAGACACAUCUGUGUGGUCAGCACUGAGCGGUGGUGGAACUCCGCUUUGCUGAUUUCUCUGAUUCAUGCUGAGAGUGUGUUUAAAAAAAAAAAAAGAAAAAAAAUAAGUGCCGAGAGCAGGGAGGGGUUCUCUGAACACCAGGCACUUUGAUCUUCUUUGUCCUGCUCAGGGCAGCGCUGCCAUUGGUUUGAAGAGGUGCUUUUCCUAGCAGGGUGACCAUAAGUUUUACACUGGGACCCAAGUAGGAGAAAAUGCUGGUAUUAUCUUUGCUUCCUCCUCUCUCCCACUUACGGAGGGGAGUUAGUGUGCCUAGAAUCAUAGAAUUGAUUGGUUGGAAAAGACCUUUGAGAUCAUCAAGUCCAACCGUACCUAUCCACUACUAAACCAGGUCCCUAGCGCCUCAUCUACCUGUCUUUUAAACCCCUCCAGGGAUGGGGACUCAACUACCUCCCUGGGCAUCCCCUUCCAGUGCCGAUAACCCUUUUGGUGAAGAAAUCUUUCCUGAUGUCUAAUCCAAACCUCCCCUGAUGCAACCUGAGGCCAUUUCCUCUUGUCUUAUUGCCUGGCACUUGGUUGAAGAGACCCAACUCGCCACAGCCUCCUUUCAGGGAAUUGUAGGCAGCGAUGAGGUCUCCCCUCAGCCUCCUUUUCUCCAGGCUAAACAGUCCCAGGUCCCUCGCCCACUUCUCACAAGGCUUGUUCUCCAGCCCCCUCACCUUCACCUAGAAACAUCUAAUGCGUGAACCAAGUUGCCCAUUGGUUGUGUCAGUCCUAACUUACGUUGUUUCCUAUAAUUUUAUUAUUAUAAUUCAGUAGUUCAUUUUAAGAAAAGGUUUCUUCUCCUCAUUAACCCUACGAAUUCCCAGGCUGCUCACUACACGUGCAGUACUGGCAGGAGGAGAACAUGGUGAAUUUGAACAAGCUGGCCUAGGUUUUCUUGCUCUUUUUAUAUUGCCUUACGUAGAACCUAGCUUGGAAAUCUAGAGACAAACACCUCUGGUGCUACGGAUGUGCUUGGGGUAUUUUAAUUUGGAUGUGACUCUCAGUCAGGGUCACGGAAGAAAGCAAUUCCAAUGCCUUUUGGAGAUCCCGGGUCCAACUGUUGUGGGGUGAGACCCCACAUGUCCCAUUAAGACCAAGUCUCCAACCUCUUUGCCUUUCCUAUGUGAAGUAUUUUUCUAGCCUGUGCCUGUUCUGUCUUCCCUGCCCUGCCUCGUUUUAAUGAUGUUGCUGAUACCUGGAACACCAGGCCCCCAGCCCGAGGCUGCCAGGUUGCUGAAAAUCCUUCUUGGGGUUUGAUCGAUGGCUUCAGUUUGUGCCACUGAGUUCUUACUGAUUUCUUGUGUGUGUGCGCGUGCAUUUUAAUCUUUGAAAGAGCAGAUAAGGGCCUGAAGGACGGGCUUUUCUAGGGUGCGGAUCAAGCUGAGAUCCAGCACGACCCUGAGCACAAUCAAGAGGGAUUUACUGGACCGCUACACCAUCAGAUUUUUGUCUGCAAAUCAGCUGCUAGGCAGGAUGCAAAGGGCGUAGACGGUGAGGCAUCCCAGUGGGCUGGGAACAUCUGAGCAGCGCUAGUUCCAGGUUCUGGAAGAGGGAACAAACCCCUCGAGUGCCAGUGAGCCAUCCUGCAGUGGAGGGACUUGGAAAUGCAAACUGAUUAUUGCUGCAAGCUGGGUAAGGGGGGUUAGAGGAGAAUCGCUGCCUCUUGUUUUUCUGCUCUUUCUGUAAGCAUCCUCCUCUGGCUUCUCUCGGAGACAGGUUCCUAGGGAAAACGGACCUUUAAGCUAACCCAGGCUGACAGCAUUAUCACACAGGGAAGCGAGGAGCUCGCAAAUGCCAAACCUGGGUUAAUUUUAAAUUGCCUUAACUAGACUUGGCCCCUGUUGGGAAAGGGGAGCGAGUAUUGCUGUCGUGUGAAAUACAGAAAGUGCCAUAUUCUCUGCGACCCAGAUGGAUGGUCUGUCAGGCAGGGCUGCGCCUCGGGCCGUUGGGGACACGGUUGCGUUGCCUGUUGCACAAGGAUGCUGUGUGGGCGAUCCGGCAUGGCCGCGGGUGGAGUUGGUUCCUCCGACUGCCUCGCCUGCUUGCAAGGCCCCUCCUGGCAGCAGGAGAGACUCCGCUUUGUCCGUGCAAGCCUGCUGGAACCACCCCCAGCUUUCAAACUCGCAUCUCGAGGUGGGAAUCAAAACUGCUGGCUUCUAAACAGAAGGGUUGUGGACAGGUAGAGAAGAUCGGUUGGGUUUUUAGAUCUCUUUGGUUGCAGAAAGAAGCGGCCUGAACUGAGCGUGGAGAUCCCUGAGAAAUAACUGGUGUAAAGUGACUGUCUUUGAGUGUCAUUGCAAAACAGCAGAGCACUGGGCCACCAAGUAAGCUUAAUAUUUCUUAAACCAGUAGGGGAAGAGGAGAGGUGCCAAGAACAACCUUUGCAAGACAGCGCAGCUGUGCUUGUAACUGCAGGGCCGCUGCCCCACGUAGAGCGAGGGCCCGCGCUGGGCUCCCUUGCCACCUUUGUCAUUCUGUGUUCACUUACUCUUUCCUCCCCUCUUUCUGCAUAAGAGUGGAUCGAACGGGCGAACCUCAAGCAUUUCACAGCACCAAAAGCGAGAGCUGACAGCUGGGAUCCUCCCCAUCUUUCCAUUUCAGCCCAACCCGUGUCCAUAAGGAGACACGGAGCCAGAGCAGCCAUUUCGCCUAUCCUGGGAGCCGUUCGCUCGGGGCAUGCUCGCUCCGUCUCCGCACACGGCGAGUUGGGGCAGGCCAACGCUGCCUUCCCCUUCCCAGUGCCACGCUCCUGGUUAAACAUUCUCCCGGUGUCCUCGCCCGCAGUGCUUGGCUGCUGCUCCCAGCAGCCUCUCCCCCGCCGCCCCCCUUCCCACGCUCACAGGGAAAGCCUCGUCCCGGCUCCCCGGGCUCAGCUUGGAGCCUCAUCCGCAGUCGGUGACCUUCACUGCUUUCUCCUCUCCUUAUCAGACCCAAAGCACCAGACCAGAUCGAGGAAAGGGGUUCCUGGAGGUCCCAGAUGACCGAGAAACCAUGCGAGGCGGCGUUUCAGGGAAAGGAUGUAUUUUUUUUUUUUCAGUUGCUAAACUUAUUUAACGUGCCUUUUUGGAAAGUACCUGCCCUUGGUGGGCUCCGGAGGGGAGCAGGCGGCAGGGCCCCGUGUGGGGCAGAUGCCGCUGCCCCCACUCAGGUUUCAUUGCUGUUGGGUUUCGGGGAGGUGCUUUCUUCUCUUCCUUUGUAAACAAAGCCUUGAAGUGGGAAGUGGAUGCAAUGUUUUUAUUACUGUAUUAACAUUCAUUUUAAUUCAUUUCAGAAACUAACCCAUUUUUCUUCUUGAUUAGAAUGUCAUAGAAUUAGACGAGCUGUAACCCUCCUGAAGUGCCUUAUUUUCCUACAUGAUAUAAAUAUAUUUAUAAGAGUAAUUAUUCCACUUGUAUCUUAGGGGUUUAUUGCUGAGCAGAAGAUUUGGUGGGAGGAGAGAUGGGAAGCGCCCUCGAAGGACCCAGCCAGGCUGGGGGUCAGAAGGGCGAUGUUUGACUGAUUCUCUCAGGGUGCAGGGGGUUACUCACUUCAGACCAAAGGAGUUUCAGUGCUGAAACUCUGCUUAGAAAAGAGGCAGGAGCGGGGAAAACAGCCUCACGAGCAAAAAUACUGUAGGCUUGUGCGGUUUCCUUACCCCUGCAAAAAUAAACACUGAGGGCCAGACUCUGCCGCCUCAUGCACACGGGGGCAGCGGGUGUAAAGCGCUGCCGCAGGGGAAGCGGAGCCUGGGCCGUGUCCAUACCUGCGCAUCCCUGCUGCUCUCCCGUGUCGUGCCUGUCUGUGCUUUUCCCUGUCGGUUGCUGUGUAAGCCAGGCUUUCCUGCUGCUUUUUUUUUUUUUGUAUAAUCAGCUCAGUAACCCCUGGAUGAAGAUCCCAAUUGCAAAUUUUUUUGUAAUGUACAUGUAAAAAAACAAAAAAAAAAAAAGAAUAAUUUUUUUUGAUCCUUUUUUAAAACUGUAAACUUGAUAAAACCUUUCUAUCCA